CAAGAACAUCGGAACCGCGAUGGAAGAAAACCAGCGUUCUCAUCGGCUCUGCGGUUCUGCAGUUGCCCAUGUGGGGUAGGCCGAGCCAAGUAGCGCGCACUUGACAAAGUCAUCAUGCUCACUCAGACAGGCUUCGCCAUGAGCUACGGCGUAUUCCAGGAGUACUACUCAGGCAACUGGACACUGGAAGGCAGCCGCGAGGUCACUGGUAUCAUCGGCACGACGCUCAACGGAGUGACCUAUCUCUCGAUGCCGUUGCUCUUCGCGCUGUUCACGAGGCGCUGGGCGCAUUGGCGCAGGACGGCCGCUUUCUACGGUGCUUUGCUGACGGCAACUAGUUUUUUGCUCUCCUCAUUCAGUACGCAUGUGUGGCAAUUGGUCGCGACACAAGGGGUACUCGCCGCCCUAGGUACGGCGUUGAUAUUUAGCCCGACAACGCUAUCCCUUGGCGAAUGGUACAACACAAGCAACAGAGCUCUGGCCUACGGGGUGACGCUAUCCUGCAAAAACAUCGUAGGAUCGGCUUGUCCGUUUCUGAUGCGGGUGCUAUUGGACCAGUACGGCUUCCGCACGACUCUGCGGAUCUGGGCUGCAGUCGUCACCGGGAGCAGCAUCCUCGCCAUCCUCACCAUCCCAACCCAUCCCUCUGUUCUAUCUCCCGAGGCGCCCAGGGCGCGACGAAUCCCGUGGCGGUUCCUCAGACACCGCACCUUCUGGAUCUACAGCAUCGCGACCACCCUGCAGAGCUGCGGCUAUGGCCUCCCGCAGACUUAUCUGAACACUUAUGCGCACGAAGUCACGCUUCUUUCACAGACAUCAGCGACCUUACUCCUGACUCUCUUCAACAUUCCCGGCAUCGCCUCUUCGUCAUUCUUUGGUUAUCUCAGCGACAACAAGCGCUUUCCGCUCUCUGCGACAACUGUCACGGCCAUAUCUGGCAUCGUGUCGGGGCUCUCUGCGUUUCUGCUCUGGGGUCUCACAUCGCCUGGCAGCAUGGCACUUCUGGUGCUAUUUUCCAUCACCUUCGGCUUCGCUGCCGGCGGGUAUAGUGCCACGUGGGGCGGAGCUUUAAAUGAGAUGGCCUCGGAAGCUGCGCAGAGGAAUGAGGCCAUUGACACGGGAAUGGUGUAUGGUCUUCUCAAUGGAGCGAGGGGAAUCGGAUAUGUCGCCGGAGGGCUUGUGGGCGUACCGUUGCUAAAUGCUGGUCAUACCAACACGGUAGGAAGCUUCGGUUAUGGCACAAGCUACGGGCCCAUCAUUAUAUUCACGGGAUUAUCAUCAGUUUUCGGGGGAUGGGGGUUGUUGUGGAAAUGGAAGAAGAUUAUGCGAUUCUUCUGAGAUGAUCCUUCGAGGUCAAGACGCCCGUUAUUAUGGCAAGAUCUUAGUAGGAUAUCUGAAAGGUGAGGUC